AUGGAAAAGAGUAAUACGAGGUAUUCAUGGGAAGAAAUGCAGGGAGUUCAUAACAGCAGUGAUCACAUCACUAAUAUACAAGAUAUGGUGGGCAAGAAACGAAGCACUGUGGAAUUAAAGAGUACCUACGCCAAGAAGCAUAUGUGUACAGAUACAGCAAAAAUAAAGCAGAUAUUGGGAUGGCUAGCUAUUUGUGAUGCUACAGAUGCAGCUUUUAGUGCUGCUGAUGUUCAUAUCAUGGGACCUGUACUAGAAACCAUCCGUCGUACUAUUUUGAUCAGUAGAUCAAUCUCUGAGAGGAUGAAAAACUACACUGUGUAUGUUGUUUCCUUUACAAUCCGUAAUGUGCUUGGUUUUACGCUUUUGGCUCUAAUCUGGAAGUUUGACUUUCCACCAUUUAUGGUCCUUGUUAUUGUAAUGCUUAAUGAUAUAUUCAUUUUGGGAGUAGAAAAAGAUUGUGUCAAAUCAUCUCCUCCGCCUUUUAUUUGGAAUCAAUCUGAGAUUUUCACUACUGGAAUUGUUCUUGUUGUCUACUUGGCAAUGUCAACAGUCAUGUCAUAUUCUUCUGGGCAACAUAUGAAACAAAUAUAUUUCCACGAUUAUUUGGAGUAG